CCCAGAGCUAGUCCGAAAAUGAAGGCUGAAAGGGAAGUAUUCUCAAGAGGUUUCACCACUCUGCACUUAUUCAACGCUUUCUUUUUUCUCCUAGCACUGUCAGUGGGAGCAGAGGGCGUGAAUAUAACAACACAAGCUUACACCACCCAUGGUGUUGUGGGAGGCUCGGUCUUACUUUCUAUACAGUACACAGCCAGCAGUUCUGAGAUUCCUGUUAUUCAGUGGCAGUUGAAGAGAGACAAGCCUAUCCCUUUGGUCCAGUCCUAUGGUACCCGUAUCCUGGGCAAGUUACGGCCAGAGUACAAGGAUCGUAUUGUGGUCUUCCGCAAUGGGUCUCUGUUGAUCCACAACCUGCAGCCAACCGACGAGGGAAUGUAUGAAGUUGAGAUUGCAAUCACGGAUGAUGCCUCCACCGCAGUGCAAACACUCAAUUUAACUGUCGAUAUCCCUGUGACGAAGCCCGUGGUGGUCUUAUCAUCCUCCACAGUUUUGGAACUGAGUGAAUACGUAACAUUAAACUGUUCACAUGAAAAUGGAACAAAACCAAUAUAUACAUGGCUGAAAGGAGGAAAACCCCUAGAAAGUGAUGAAAGGUUCUCCUUGUCCAGCGAUCAGAAAAUACUGACCAUCUCACAGAUCCACGUAACUGAUGAUGACAUUUACAGCUGCGCCGUGGAGAAUCCAAUCAGCAGCUCUCGAAGCACGCCGGUCAAACUGACUGUGUACAGGCGGAGUUCUUUGUACAUUAUCCUUUCUACAGGAGGCAUUUUCAUUCUGGUAACCUUGGUUACUGUGUGUGCUUGCUGGAAACCAUCAAAAAAAAAUAAAAGAAAAGGAGAAAAAGAGGGAUCCCAAGAUCCUACAGAGCAAAACGAAGAACAAGCCAAGCAUGAAGUAGAACUGCUACCAAAAGCAGCAGAGCACAAACGUGAGCGAAAGAACCAUAAGGGAUUAUACGUCAUCAAAGAAAAGGAUUCUCCAGAUGAUGAGGAAGACUCUCACAUUGAUCCCAAGAAUACAGCCGAACAGGCUGAAUUCAUCGUUCCCUCCAUAGCUCCAGCUCGAUCCCCAAGACCAGGUGGCCAAUCACCUAGGCGGUAUAGCAGGUCUCCUGCUCGAUCUCCUGCUUCCAGCAGAUUGCAGAAAUCACCAAGCCGAUCUCCCAGCUCACCAUCACACCAGAGAGGUGCCAACCGCAUUAUUCGGCCAACAGGAGUUCAUAUGAUUGUGGAGCAAGACGAGGCUAAUACAGAGGAAAAUUAACGCUUAGAAGAUUUUGUAUCUUCCUUCACAGACAUUAAAUAUAUAGUAGGUCCAGAAAUAUCAAUAUCAAAGCCUGGAACAUAUCCAAGGUCCUCCCCCUCACCCCCAAUAACUGCUUUUCCCGAGUGUAUAUGUAAUUCUGGUAAGCUUAUAUCCUGUAACUAGUGUUCAACAUGGAAGCCCUUGGUGUAAUUAUUUGAUGUUCCAUUUUUAAAAUGUAAAUGGAAUUAUUUUCGAUUACCCUUUGGGUAAUAAGGAUGCAGGAGCUAAAGGCACACAGGUAUGAAAUAUGUUUGGUUUAGGGUUUUGGCAGAUAGCCUUCAGAAUCCUCACUCUUAAAAUGACCUCACCUCUCCUGGUAGGUGAAUAUUUUAUCAGGACUCAUGUGGACGAAAAUGAUCUCAGUAUUGAUCUGGCAAAUCCUAGCUGAGGACUCAGUAAUUAGUUUCUUUGUCCUUGGGUUAGAUGUGGAAUGGGAGGUUUCAUUAUCUUGUUAAAUGGUACAUGAGUAUGGACAUGGAGUAUAGGCCUGUUUUGAUGCUUUCUUCAGCACAUAUGUGCAUGAUAAAGAAUGGUCAGUCUGCAGAUGUUGACCCAUUUCCAGUAUGAAAGAUAAUUGAUAGCUUUACUCGGAUACUUACACACUUUCAAGGACCUGAGCCAACACCACAGUCAUCAAUGGCAGUUGAGCACCUUAUAUUUUUUAGAAGCUGAUUUCAUUCCAGUGGGUCCGACAUCUGAGGUCAGACAACUCGCUCGAGAACAGUCCUUUAAGAUAGGCUGGUUAGAGAGAAUUCAAAGAGAAUAACUAAUCUAAAACAAAAAGAAAAUCACUGCAUAAUCAGAUACAGAAAGCCAGGAAAUGAAGGAAAGAAAACAAAUGAUGGCUCAAGCAAUGAUGUGAUGGUUGUAUUUGGUUCUUCUAGAUUUAACCCAAUCAAAAACAGGGCACCAAAUUGAUCGCUUUUACAUUUCAGGCUCUAAUGACAUACCCCAUUGAUUAUUCUAUACUAUAUAAAAACCAGAAAUAUGCAUUAAAGAUGAUUUCUGGUGACUUGGUAAUACCUGAUAAUCAUCCACUAACUUCCUGAUCAAAUAAAGUUCAUGCAUCUUCACAUCAAAUAAGCAUGGGAAUUCAGCUUGGCUGAGAGGCUUCCUUCAGUCACUGUAAUCUAGGCUCCUGUACAGAAAAUGUCCAAUUUGGUGAGGUGCGGGAGAGCUUCUAGUGCACGACUUGCAUCCCAGCACCUCCGAGAGAGGGGAAGAGACAAUCAGGAAAUAGCCUACAUUGGAUACAACUUUAUCCAAAUAGUUUUGGGUCUAAAUAUUGGCUGGUACCUUAAAUUAUUCAAAUGACCCAUUAAUUUCUUUGUCCAAAGACACAAAUUCUGCAGAUAAUAAGAUUGCUGAUGGUGAGUGAGAUGGAACACUGUAGAGCAGAUUCAUCACGCCUCCCCAGGCAAAUCCUAUGCUGUUGUCAACCAAAAUACUGGUGCUUAUUUUCUUCCCAUCCUUCCUUAUUGACCAGCAGUCAUGAUGAACAGGAAGAUGCUUUUCCUGUUACUAACUUUCAAUGACAAACUCUCCAAAAUCGGCUUGUAAAUUGAACUUUAACAGGAAAUUACACUGUCAUGCUUUUCCCUCUAGUCUCAUCAUAGCCUUAUUGGUAUUUACAUAGAAGAGAAAGAAAACAUUACUGUUACGAUAUUCAGGAAGCCGAUGUGAUCUGUGAAUGCCAACCUUGUGCAGAUUCCAACCUCUCCCAAUUUUCUUAUUCUCCAAUCUGGGGAUCCAGAAUUCUUGAAUCAGUCAUAAGAACUCGAUCUCAGGACUCAAUCCUUUCCUCCUCAAGUUUCCCUUGUCAUUUCCUUGUAAUAUUCAGCUUGAAACCAUUAUUAUUUUUGGGAUGUUUACACUUCUUUCAAAUAGAAAGAAGUCGAAGCCCUCAUCAAGAUUAAUUCACAUUGAAAGAAUGCAUGAUUUUGUUUGCAAAACAACCCUGGUGCUUGUAUGUAAAUUAGGAGCCAACAUCACAAUACUUUGUUUAAUCAAUAUAAAAUCCUUCAUUUACAAUUUUAAUCUUAACACGUGUACUUUAAUCAGUCCACAAAUGCAUUGUAUAUGCUUGUUUGAUGUUGUCUUGACACUGUCUUGGUGUUAUCCAGACUAUAGCAUAAAUAUGAAAUUUAAUAUGUUUGAUUCUCUGAAAUGGCGUACAAAUAUAUCUCCCAAAAUCUCCAAAGUGUUUAAUAGAUUACCUACAUGCCACAAUCAUUGCCUUUUUUGAAAAAAAAUCCAGUGUUGCUCCCUGUGCUGUAUGACUUUCUACAGUCAAACUAUUUGUUGCAUUACUGCAUUCCAAUCCUUUAACAGCCUGGGCACACCGAGCAUUCUAGCCAAGCACCUUUCGCUGUGAAUGGUUGGGCCCUGGGACAUGUUGUAGUACAGAAGGACUUUGAAUUUCAAAUACAUGGUAACCUGAAAGUGUUGUCACUGGUACGUAGGGUGGUGAAGAAGGUCUUGGCACCCUGGCCUUCAUCAAUCAUGGCAUUGAGCACAGAAGUUGGGAUGUUAUGUUGAAAUUGUACAAAAUGUUGGUAGGCUGCACUUGGAAUACUGUGUUCAGUGUUUGGCCACCCUGCUGUAGGAAAGAUGCCACUAGGCUGGAAAGAAUGCAGAAAUGAUCUAUGAGACUUUUGCCAGGACUUGAGGAACUGGAUUAUAGGGAGAGAUUGGGCAAGCUAGGACUUUAUUCCCUGGAGCAUAGGAGACUAAGUGGUGAUCUUAUUGAGGUAUGCAAAGUCAUGGAUAGAGUGAAUACACACAGUCUUUCCCAGGGUUGGGGGAUUAACUCAAGGAGGUAGGUUUAAAAUAAGAUUGGAAAGAUUUAAUAGGAACCUGAGGGACAGCUUUUGCCCACAGAGGGUGGAGAGUAUAUGGAAUGAGCUACCAGAGAAAGUGGUUGAGGCAGGUACUAUAACCACAUUUAAAAUAUAUUACGAAGGGUCUCGGCCUGAAACGUCGACUGUAUCUCUUCCUACAGAUGCUGCCUGGCCUGCUGCGUUCACCAGCAACUUUGAUGUGUGUUGCUUGAAUUUCCAGCACCUGCAGAAUUCCUGUUGUUUGCGUUUAAAAUAUAUUUGGCCAUUUACAUGGACAGGAAAGAUAUAAAGAGUUAUGGGUCAAAUGUGGGCAAAUGAUACUAGCUUGGAUGGAUAUCUUGGUUGGCAUAGAUGAAUUGGGCAUGACUAUGACACUCUCCACUUGCAGCUUCCACCCACCACCUGUGAAAGUGGAUGCAUAUCAUUCAACAGUUUUAUUUUACACCUUUGGAGGAAGGCAAGCAAUGUAUCAGAGCAUUGUAGCCAAAUAUUAGUGUCUCCAGCAAUAAAAUACAGAAAAUGAUGUAAACAUUCAGCAGGAAGAGUUAGAGGAACAGUUAUUGAUUCAGGUCCAAGUCCCUUCAUUAGAAUUGAGAAAGAGAACAAGUUGGUUGCGGAGAUGGGUGUUAGAGAUGAAUAAAACAAAAGGAAUUUCACUAGUAGGUGAGACUGAAGGACCUGUUGUGGCAGUUAAAGGGUCAUUAAAUGCAGAUUGAGUCAUCCAAUCUCAUUCCAUCAGAGAAAUUUCUGUUAUUCCAUCAAUUUUUGACUCCCUCAACUUCUCUGCUAACUAGAAAUACUUUUCUCCUCUCUUUCCAAGUUCUGGUGAAGCCUCUUGGACCUGAAACAUUAACUGUUUCUCAUUCACAAACAAGAUAAACGGAUUCUCUUUCCUCAGAUGAUGUCUGACCUACUGAGUGUUAAAACAUUUUCUGUUUUUUAUUGCUGGAGACAUCAAAUUUCCAUUCUUUUAAAUUUUCAUUGGCAUUUCCAGUGUGUCUUAUCUUGUGCUCUUAGCCCUGAAUGACAAACCAGUAUCUCACAUUAAAUAUUACUCUUGGAUAGAGGAUCAUGAAUGUAUGGAGCAGGUGAGACGCUAUUUUCACCAAACUAUUCCAAUGGCUUCAACUUUUAAAUGGAAGCAGAAGUCAGUUUUACAGUCAGGUAAGCUGAAAAUUUCAAGAUAGAAAUCAAUAGAUUUUAGUUAAGAAUACAGUAACAAGGCAUGUAAAUGGAGUUCAGAUACAAAUUAGACAUAAUGUAAAUAAAUGGCAGAAUAGGUUUGAGAUGCAGAAUUAAUUACACCUGUUCCUAUAUUUUCAUGCUCUCUACUCCAGCCAGUGAUGAACCAGCUCAUGCUGUUUCAGUACAUGGUUUAGGCUAUUUUGUUAAAAUCUAUUUACAUGCUGACUGUGUCAUAGAGAUGAGAUCUGUCAGAAAUUUGCAUAUAUUGAUAUGAAUGUCAAUCUUGCCCUUGCUCGUCUCACCUCAUUCAUUCCUAAUUCCCAUUGUCAGUCUAUGGAAUUAUGUGAGUGGAUCUGAUAUAAUCCAAGUUUAAUGCUUGCUUUAGAAAAUGAGGCAUCCUUAUAUUCCUUGGAUACCAGUAGUUUGAACUGACCACUAAUAGAACACAACUUGUUCUUGAUUUGGUACCUGGAUAGAAUGUUUUAUUUCAAUGGUUUAGCCACCACUUUGAGGCGUGCAGGAGUCAGUAAUUUAGACUUAAUUAUUCUCCUAGUUUUGGGAGAAUUGACAAGAAGCUGUGACAAAUAUCAAUAAAGGUUAUUGUAAAUUCCUGUACCUCAGUCUCAAAUAUUUCUUUAAAAUUGUUUUCAGAAUAUAUAGAAACUGUUACAUUCAAGCCUUGUUUGUUAGCAUCCAUGCCCCAAGACCACAGAUAUGUGGAUAUUACAAAGGUGAUCCAUUUAAAUAGAUAUUAUUGAUUUUCUUCUGUUUUGAUCAAUCACAUCACCAUGACUGACUGAAACUAGGAAUCUAUGGAAACAGGUAAAAUCUCUAGACGUUUUGUUGAAUGGAAAGGAACAGAUUUUGAUGUAAUAUGAUUUUAUAACAUGUUGCAAGUCAAUAUUACAUUCUUUCCAAUAUUUAUCUUAAUCAUUAACUUCUUUAAACAUUAAAACUGGAAAAGAUAUAAAAUGAAGGCACUCGUAGCUUUUAAUUUAUAAUGAUUUAACUAUGUUUAUUUAGCUUUUAAUGUUUUC